UUGGAGCUUAUUGCCAAGCUGCAUGAUAAGCAACAGUACCACCACCAUCACCACUACAUUUGCCAUACACACAGCAUUCAGACUUCUGACGUUACCACCAUCACCACUGUCUUUCACACAGACACAGACAAGAACAAGCAUGCACACACAACCCAUUAGCUUUCUUCUCCUCCUCCCAUUCCGGCAACUGUCCUUUGGCACGGAAAUACCCGAAGUCGUCGAGUUAUAUCGAAGGAAUGCCUAUACAUUCAGACGCAGCUUUACAUGACAGUAAAAAUGACGAUCUUCACUAAUACAUUGUUACAUCGUUAUGCGCAUGCUCAGCCGGAUAUUAAUUUCGGACGGCCAUCGAUAAAGGAAAUUUAAUUUAUACUUAGCUCGAAUCAAGUCUUUCUAAAGAAUAAUUUAUUUAGCAUAAAAUAUAAAAUGAUUAAAAUGCUGUAAUAUUUACCUACUAUAUACACAUGAUGUAAAUAUACUUCUAACAGAAACCUUUCUCCACUGAUGAACAAACAUGACCACCACCACUGACUUUCUAAUAAGAAUACUAGAUGUCAUUGUCAUAAAAGAAUUUCUUUAGAUGCAUCAUCAAUAUUUAUCAUUUAAAGACUAAAGAAAGUUGUGAUACCAAACAGAUAUGAUCCUGUUGAUAUAAUCUUUAGUGGAAUAUCUGGGAAAUAUUUUCUCUGAAAUUAAUCAUCUUCAGAUAUCAACAAAAAUCCAAAUUCAUGGAAAUAUAGAAGUGAGAGUUAAGAAUAACUCAAUAUAAGUAGUGGUGAGAGAAGAAUUAUGGAAAAUGAAUUACAUGAGACACCAAUUGUAAUUAAAAAUGAAUUAUGUGAGAGACCGAUUAUAAUUAAAAAUGAAGUAUGUGAGACACCAAUUAAAAUUAAAACAGAGUUUGAAAGAAUUGAUUUUCCAGAUGGUCCUCUGCAAGAGACAAGAGAAAGAGCUUACCAUAAUGAUAUCUUUAGCAUAUCAAUCUCUCAAACAAAUCCUAUAACUGCUCACAGUACUAUCGAUAGAGGAGACAAACCAUAUCAUUGUCAUAUCUGUGGUAAGUUAUUCUCUAACAAAAGUGCCCUAACUGUUCACAAACGCACACAUACAGGAGAGAAGCCAUAUCAUUGUGAUAUCUGUGGCAAGUCAUUCUCUAACAAAACUCCCUUGACCGUACAUAAACGCACUCAUACUGGAGAGAAGCCAUAUCACUGUGAAGUCUGUGGUAAAUCGUUUUCCACAAAAGGACACUUAACUUCACAUAAAAUCAUUCAUACAGGAGAAAAACCAUAUCAUUGUGAUGUUUGUAGUAAAUCUUUCUGUACAACAAGUCACUUAACUGCACAUAAAAUCAUUCACACAGGAGAGAAGCCAUAUGAUUGUGAUAUCUGUGGUAAAUCAUUCUCUGCAACAGCUGAUAUAACAAGACACAAAAUCAUACACACAGGAGAGAAGCCAUAUCACUGUGAAGUCUGUGGGAAAUCCUUCUCUCAAAAAAUUCACUUGACAUUUCAUGAAAGCAUUCAUACAGGAGUAAGACCAUAUUCUUGUAAUUUCUGUGGUAAAUCAUUCUCUCGAAAUCAAGAUUUAACUAAACACAAACGCAUUCAUACUGGAGAAAAACCAUUUCACUGCGAUAUCUGUGGUAAAUCCUACUCUACAAGUAGUGACUUGAAUAAACACAAGCGUGUUCAUACAGGUGAGAAGCCAUAUCACUGUGAUAUAUGUGGUAAAUCAUUCUCUGGAAGUAGCAAUUUAAAUACUCACAAACGUAUACAUACAGGUGAGAAACCUCAUCGCUGUGAUAUCUGUGGUAAAUCAUUCUCUGGAACAGGGUCUUUAAAUGUACAUACACGUAUUCAUACGGGGGAAAGGCCAUAUCGCUGUGAUAUCUGUGGUAAAUCAUUUUCUGGAACAGGAACUCUAACUAUUCACAAACGUAUUCAUACAGGAGAGAAGCCAUAUUCAUGUGCUAUUUGCAAUAAAUCAUUCACUGAUAGAAAUGCCAUAACUCAACACACAAGGAUUCAUACUGGAGAAAAACCAUUUCAUUGUGAAAGCUGUGGUAAAUUUUUCACUACUAGUAGUAGCUUAAAUAAACACAAACGCAUUCAUACAGGAGAUAAUUUAUAUCACUGUUAUAUCUGUGGUAAAUCAUUCUCGCAUAGAAAUGCCUUGACUAUACACAAACGGAGUCACAGGGCUGAGAAGCCAUAUCAUUGUGACAUUUGUGGUAAAUUAUUUUUACAAAGUCGUAACUUAACUAUCCACAUACGUACACAUACAGGAGAAAAGCCAUAUCACUGUGAUAUUUGUGGUAAAUCCUUCACUGCAAGGAGUAAUUUAACUACUCACAAACGAAUUCAUACAGGCAAGAAGCCACAUUGCUGUGAUGUGUGUGGUAAGUCAUUCUCCCGUGGAGAUGUCUUAACUACACACGAACGAAUUCACACAGGAGAGAAGCCAUAUCAUUGUGAUAUCUGUAGUAAAUCAUUCUCUCGGAAAAAUGUCUUAACUAUGCACAAACGAAUUCAUACAGUGGGCAGGCAAUAUCACUGCAAUAUCUGUGGUGAGUCAUUCUCUGGAAAUAAUGACUUUACUACUCACAAACUUAUUCAUACAGGCAAGAAGCCAUAUUCAUGUACUAUUUGUGAUAAAUCAUUCACUAAUAGAAAUCUCUUAACUAAUCACAAACGAAGUCAUAAUGGAGAGAAGCCGUAUUGUGAUAUCUGUGGUAAAUCAUUUUCUACAAGUGGUAGCUUACAUAUACACAAGCGCACUCAUACAGGAGAGAAGCCAUAUCACUGUGAUGUGUGUGGUAAAUCUUUCUCUUUCAGUGGUAAUUUAACAAAACACAAAUUUAUUCAUACAGGAGACAAACCAUAUCCAUGUGAUGUGUGUGAUAAAUCAUUCUGUCAUAGAGCUGCCUUAAUUAUACAUAAAUGCAUUCAUACAGGUGAGAAGCCCUAUCACUGUGAUAUUUGUGGUAAAUCAUUCUCUCGAACUGGUGAUUUAACUAAGCACAAACGCAUUCAUACUGGGGAGAAACCACAUCAUUGUGAUAUCUGUGGUAAAUCCUUCUCUCAUAGUAAUGCUUUAAUUAUACACAAACGCACACAUACUGGAGAGAAACCAUAUGCUUGUGAUAUUUGUGGUAAAUCAUUCAUUUCAAAUUGUAAAUUAACUAUACAUGUACGCAUUCAUACAGGAGAGAAACCAUAUCACUGUGAUAUCUGUGGAGACACACCAUAUCACUGUGAUAUCUGUGGUAAAUCAUUUGCUAGAAGAGGUCACUUGACUACUCACAAAUAUGUUCAUACUGGAGGGAAACCAUAUCUCUGUGAUAUCUGUGGCAAAUCAUUUGCUCUAGCAAGUCUAUUAAAUUUUUCACUCAAAGAUGAUCACAGUUUUGGAGUGGCCCAGCCAGUCUCCAGACCUCAAUCCUAUAGAAAAUCUAUGGCGAGAUCUAAAGCUGGCUGUGCACCAACGUUCUCCAUCCAAUCUGACACAGCUCAAGAAGUUAUGCCAUGA